CGGAACUCACUCAGCCUUGGGUCCCAGAGAGUUGGCACCCGCCAUCAUGGUGCGGAAGCUUAAGUUCCACGAGCAGAAGCUGUUGAAACAGGUAGACUUUCUGAACUGGGAGGUCACUGACCAAAACCUGCACGAACUGCGCGUGUUGCGGCGUUAUCGGUUGCAGCGGCGCGAGGACUACACGCGCUACAACCAGUUGAGCCGUUCUGUGCGCGAGCUGGCGCGGCGCCUGCGCGACCUGCCGGAGCGCGACCCGUUUCGCGUGCGCGCCUCCUCCGCUCUGCUGGACAAGCUGUAUGCCCUGGGCCUUGUGCCCACGCGCAGCUCUCUCGAACUCUGCGACUCCGUCACGGCCUCGUCCUUUUGCCGCCGCCGCCUGCCCACUGUGCUCCUUAAACUGCGCAUGGCGCAGCACCUCCAGGCCGCCGUGGCCUUCGUGGAGCAGGGGCACGUGCGCGUGGGCCCCGACGUCGUCACCGACCCCGCCUUCCUUGUCACACGCAGCAUGGAGGACUUUGUCACCUGGGUUGACUCGUCCAAGAUCAAACGGCACGUGCUGGAUUACAACGAGGAGCGAGAUGACUUCGAUCUGGAAGCGUAGCUGUCUUUCCUCCCCAGCUCCUCCCUGCCGCCUUCGCCAGUGCUGCAUUUCAUAGAUUGGGAAGCUGAGACUUGAUACUGGAGAUUCUGUAAAGGCGCUUUUCCCCAAGAGUGUGUCAGGCAGUCGUCGGUUCUUAAGAACUUGACUCCUCAGGUGCAGACCACGCUCACAGCCUUUCCACGAAAUUGACUUAGCCCUUGGACUAUAGAUAAUUAAAUGGCUGCCUUGAAACAAUGGGAAGCGGUUUUGUGCUGCUCUGGAAAUUGUUAGAUUCUUGUACCUUUAACAUUGUAGUGUGAAAGCAAGAACUUAGCGCCCAUUCCCACCCUCCACCUAACUCGAAUUCUUGCUCCUGUUGGUGAUUAAGCUGUGUACAACCAUGGAAAGUUUGGUCUUAAGUUUUCAUAAAAUGAGGUGAGACUUUAGUGUUCAGGAUCCCGCCCCUAGUUUAAAAGAAUGCUUUUUUAAUGCCAAUAAAUAGUCCAACUGCUAAGUGCAAA